CCCACCGCGCCAGAUUCCACCUUACUCCACUUUGACUCCCCCCACAAAACCCCAAACCUCCAUUGGAUACUCACUCCACCCACUCUGUCACAUACUCCACCCAAAAAGCGCGCGAACCGAAGCGACGAAAUGCCAGAGCUACCGGAGGUGGAGGCGGCCCGGAGGGCCAUAGAGGAAAACUGCCUGGGGAAGAAGAUAACUAAAGCGCUCAUCGCCGAUGACCCCAAAGUCAUCGACGGAGUCUCUCGCGCCGACUUCGAGGCGUCGCUCUUGGGAAAGACCAUCGUCUCUGCUCACCGCAAGGGCAAGAACUUGUGGCUCCGCCUCGACUCUCCUCCUUUCCCUUCCUUCCAAUUCGGGAUGGCGGGUGCUAUAUAUAUUAAAGGGGUCGCGGUCACGAAGUAUAAGAGGUCUGCUGUAAAGGACACUGAUGAGUGGCCUUCCAAGUAUUCCAAGUUAUUUGUUGAACUGGAUGAUGGUCUGGAGUUCUCUUUCACUGACAAGAGGCGAUUUGCUAGAGUCCGCUUGCUCAAAGAUCCAGCAUCUGUGCCCCCCAUAUCUGAGCUCGGGCCUGAUGCUCUCUUGGAGCCUAUGACAGGGGAUGAACUUUUUGAAUCCUUGAGCAAGAAGAAAAUUGCAAUUAAGACUCUAUUGCUUGAUCAGAGUUACAUUUCAGGAAUUGGAAAUUGGGUUGCUGAUGAAGUACUAUAUCAAGAAGAAAGAACAUGCACUUCGCUGACCUCCAUUAGCCAGGGUUUAUGGCUUUGUGCAAUUCCAUUAUUUUUUCCAGGGGAUUGGAAAUAUGCUCAAUUGAAUUCCUUUUAUAUGAUACGUAAAGAAACUUCUAAUUUACACCUGGCAAGAAUUCAUCCAGAGCAAAGUGCUGCCAGCUUGUCGAAAGAAAAUUAUGGAAAUUUGCACAAGAGCAUCAAAGAGGUUAUCGAAAAAUCACUUGAAGUUGGGGCAGAUAGUAGUCAAUUUCCAAGUAAUUGGAUUUUUCAUUCCCGUGAAAAGAAGCCUGGAAAGGCUUUUGUUGAUGGGAGGAAAAUUGACUUUAUCACAGUUGGUAGCAGGACUACAGCGUAUGUACCAGAGCUUCAGAAGUUAAGUGGACAGCAAGCUGCCAGAGCAGGGAGUAAACAAGCUAACAAGAGAAAAGGGCAUGGUGAUGGUGUCAAUGAUGAUGUUAAUGAAGCAGCAAGUGAUGAAGAAGUUAAUGGAAGUGUGCAGUCGAAGAAAGGGAGGAAGCCUAGAGGUCAAGGUAAGAGGUCAUCAGUGAAAAGAAAAUCUAAAGAGAGUGAUGAUGAAGACAAUGCCAAUGACAGUGAGGAUGAUGACGAUGAUGACAAUGAUGAUCAUCAUGAUGAAGAUCAAAAGAAUAAAACAAGAAAAGUGACCAAUAAUAAGCAAUCCAAGGUAGAGAAGACAUCAAAGAAAACAGUCCAGACCAGUCAGAAUAGUAAGAAGAUGAAGAAAGCAAAAUAGGUAGCUACUGAGAUAUAUUCAACACCUAUGAUGCAAAGUCCAGCUCUUUUUGGAAGUACAGGAUGAUGGGCGUACAAGGGGAUUCAGUUUUUGUAACUAACUCUACCCAGCGGAUUCAGUUUUUGUAGCUAGCUCUAGCCAGUAGUAAGCCUUUUUUUAUCAUGAAAUUGGCCAGUGCUAAUUAUGUGGUUAUACUAAUGACUUCCAUUAUGUAUUA